UUUCUCGAGUUAUCUCCCUUAGAUUUUUCCAUAUUUCUUUCGCGUCUAUUUUGUAGAGUAAUACAUAACGUCGAAUUUCUAAAGUAUUCAUAUGUUUGUAUCAUUGAAAGUUAAAGUAAGUUUUUGGGUGCACUUCUCUGGACUUAACAUCCGUAGCAAAACCCAUACUGUGUUACAAGAGUUCACAAGAAUUCGGCGAAGUGUUGAGUUUCAGUUAAAGUUUCUUGAAAUUACUAAUUUUUUUAUUAAUGAGUUAUACAAUAAACUGUAUGGAAAAUAGGAGACGAUGUGGUUAUAAAUAACUUGUAAAUGUACUGAUCAAUGAUAUAGUCAGAGACUUUAGCACAGGCAACCAGAACAAAGUACAAAGUACCCCUAGAUGUAGGUCAGUAGACUGCCAAAUUUUUUUUUACUGACAAACGUGGCAAGUGUGCCUGCUGUUGUUGCACGAGGGAUGAGAAUGGCAAAGCUUUUAACAAAGAAACAUGGACUCAUCACAAACUCUUUGAUCAGUGCAAUGUUCUUUCGUCGCUAUCAACGCAUGUUAACAGUGGGCAUCCAGCAAAAUAGUAACCCUCAAGCAUCUGUCACAAGUCGCAUUGCAGUAGGCCGCAGUCUCAAGAAUGCAUCAGAGUACGGCACUGUCUCGCCUACUCAAAAUGAUAUGACCAAAAAGCCCAAAGUGGCGGAAAUCUCACACCAAAAUGCUGCAAAGGUACUAGCUAAUUACGACACGAUAUUGCUAGACUGUGAUGGUGUUUUAUGGCAAACUGACCAUGUGACACCCAUCCAAGGAAUUCCAUCCGUGAUUUCCAUGUUGCGGGAUCAAGGAAAGGAAGUUUUAUUUGUAACAAACAACAGCAUGCAUGCAAGACAUGAAUAUUUACAAAAGUUUCAGAGUCAUGGCUUUGACGCAGCUCAAGAGGACAUUUUCUGUGUUGCUUAUGCUAGUGCCUUGUAUCUUCAAAAAACUGUCGGUUUUCACGGAAGUGUUUACGUCAUUGGCAAUGAAGGAAUGAGCCAUGAACUGGAUUUAGCUCGCAUCAACCAUUUUGGGACUGGUGCUGACCCCGACCCAGUGUACAACAGCAUCCGUGACCUUCACGAGAUUCAUCUCCUUGACAACGUGGAAGCUGUUCUGGUAGGGUACGAUAAACACUUCAGCCUCAACAAGCUCUUCAAGGCCUGCAGUUAUCUUACCAAUCACACCUGUUCUUACAUAGCCACAAACAGUAUAGAAAAGUCAGUCCUGCUUGCUUCCAAUCGCCGGCAACCUUUGACAGGGGCCAUUGUGGAUGCCGUGACAUCAGCAAGCAAGCGAACACCAACUGUGCUUGGUAAACCACACCCACUUCUUUUCUCUUGCAUACGGGCGGCACGACCUCACGUAAACCCAGCACGUACUUUGAUUAUUGGUGACAGUGUACCAUCAGACAUGGGACUGGCAAAGGCAGCUGGCAUUGAUUCAGCAUUGGUCCUCACAGGUGCCAGCACUCUCAGCACCUUGGGUAACUUCCCAGGACUUGAACCAGAGUUUUUCCUGCAGUCAUUGACUUCUUUGAUCCACUGACUGAUGCUGUCAUACUGAUUACACAUUUAUCAGCAUCUUUCAAAACUGAUCCAUAGCUAGAGCUUAUGUAGCUGUAUCUUUCACACUAAAUGGUAAAUAGAACUUUCACCUCCAAGUAUGAAAUGUUCACCCCUCAUCCUUUUCCAGUUUUUGAACUAUAUACUGUAUAUAUAUAUUCUUAUAUACAUGUGUCACGGUUUAUCUGAAGACAAUAAAUAGAAGUAUGGACCAAGAUACCUCUCAAUCCAUAUAGUGGUUAUGCCUAUGUGCCACAGAAGUCUCCUUUCUGCAUCUCUUGGGAGGUAUAGGAGGUUCAGGGAAAACUUGUAUUUUACAUGCAAGUGAAUAGUAAUUCAAGUGUAUGCUUUACACAAGAACUAUGCAUUGGUCUCUUACAUACCAUUUGUGAUGUCUUUUUUUUAGGCAUUUUCCCCAUUUAUUGAUGGAAUUAUAUAGUAACAGUACUGUGGCAACCAUGGCCAAAAUAUUGGCUAGCUGUUAGCAGAACAAUUCCCUUUUUUUAGGGGGGUUAGUUUAAGUAAAUAUUGGAUAAGCAUAUGCCUUUGUUACAAAACUGCAAACUAAAUUUUCAGCAUGAAAGUUUGCAUGGUUUUUAAUCUACGUUGGAUUCAACCAUAUAUUCAGUAUUUGAUGUUGAUAACAUUAACUGAUUAAAGUGUUUGUCAUUAAACUUUUCAAGAUCUAAAUAUGUGUAAUCCAAAGUGUCCAGUGACAUUCCCCUUAAAAAUUUGAAAUUUUAUAUUGAUCACAUCUUUUCUUUCGUCAUCGAGAUAAAUAUAAUGCUGUCCAAUGUUUUCUCCUUUUGCAAGUAUAUAUAGCUUUUAAUGAUGGAAAGAGCAUUGUAUAAUUGCACAUAAUAUUAUUAGGUUGGGUUGGUUUUUUUUAGAGGGUAAAAGCAUGAGAGGGUUGCUGUCAUAACUGUUGAAAUGGCAAAAGUUUUUUGCAGGCGGAAUAAGGAAAGAGCCAAAAGAAGUGCUCAUUGAACACAUCUUCACAUGCGCAGACUGCAUUGUAUAUCUGCAUGCAAAUUAAACAUGCAAAUUCACAAA